AUGCAGGACCCAGCAGAGGGAGAGUUCAUGAGGGCCUGCCUUGAGGUCACCACACUCGUCACCAGCCUCCUCCGGUAGCAGAGCAGGAUGAGGCCUGUCUCACCCCAGGAAAUCGAGCGCAUGGUCAGACAUCAUGGCAAGUUCAGCACCAUCCAGAUGCAGCUGAAGCAGAGCACCUGUGAGGCCGUGAUGACCCUGUGCUCACAGUUCCUCGAUGCCAGGCGUAACUGGUGGAAUUUCAGCAAGCAGGCCACACAAGUGCUGAAUGAGUAUUUUUAUUCCCAUUUGAGCAACCCUUACCGCAGUAAAGAAGCCAAAGAAGAGCUGGCUAGGAAGGGUGGCAUCACAGUCUCCCAGGUCUCCAGCUGGUUCGGCAACAAAAGAAUCUUGUAUAAAAAGAACAUGAAGUUUCAAAAAGAGACUUCCAUUUACAUGGCUAAAACGGGAGCAGACACCACCAAAGUCGGGGGUCCAGGGAGGCAGGCCAGCUACCCAUCGAUGCCCAGGUCCAGUUUCUCUGGUCCCUCCCCACUGACUAGCACGAAGGACGUGCUUAUCACCCUGCAGACAGUGGCCUCUCACUGGCCUGCCCCUGGGGGAGACAGCCUGUGGUCUCAGGUUGGUGGAGCCACCUCGGAGCACAGCUCUGUGGGGCCCACUCUGCAAAGACCUGAGUCCUUCACUCCCCCUCCCAGGACCCGAUAA